AGAGAGACCUGGGGCUCUUGGUGCUGCCUCCAAGACACCACUAGAGAGGAUAAAUGACCAUACCACUUAUGCAUAACUGGAUCCCAGUCAACCAUGAGGAUUCUCUCCUGUCAGACGACUUUUGUGGCCGUAGUUGUGGUUGUGCUCACUGUGGGGUCCUGCGCUGAAGCUAAGACUACCCAGAAGCCCAAAUACCACUACACCAAGAAGCCGGUCCCUCAGGUCACUGUGCACAGCCCCGUGACCACCAGCAUGCCCAAGACUCUGAAGAUAGUGGCUACACCAGCCCCGGUGGAGCCCCACCCAGUGCCCACCACAGACAGGACCACCUACCCAAGCCAUGACUUUCCACAGUACUAUGCUGAGAACACCAACCCCCCUGGUGCUGGCCCUGAGAACUACACUCUGGAUUAUAAUGAGUGCUACUUCAAUUUUUGUGAGUGUUGUCCUCCUGAAAGGGGCCCCAGGGGGCUGAAGGGAGACCGAGGCCUGGCAGGGACGCCAGGUGAGAGAGGUCUUACAGGACCACCUGGUUUACCUGGACCACCAGGUCUAAUUGGUCCUACAGGGUUUAAAGGAGACAAAGGGGAUAAAGGUGACAGAGGAAACACAGGGUCAGCUGGGUCACCUGGAGUUUUAGGAAAAACGGGACAGAAAGGUGAUAUUGGCUCAAAAGGUGAGAAAGGUGAAAGAGGAAUACAAGGUCUCAGAGGUAAUGCUGGAGAGAAAGGAGAACCUGGCUUCAAUGGGACUGCUGGGGAGAAAGGAGAACCAGGAAAAGAAGGUCCUCCUGGACCUCAAGGACCACCUGAUUCAGGUCCAAAGGGGGAUAAAGGGGAUAAGGGAGAGUGUGGCACAUUUGGAGAGAGAGGCCAAAAAGGUGAGAGAGGGGACCCUGGCCCCCCUGGGGUUCUAGGAGGGAUGGGAAUUCCAGGUAUAAAUGGCAAGCAUGGUACUCCAGGUCCUGUAGGUGUCAGAGGUGAUCCUGGACCCCCUGGACCACCAGGUGAGCCAGGAGUGAGAGGGCCUCAGGGUGUUCAAGGCAUAAGAGGGAUGCCUGGGCCGAAAGGGGACAGAGGUUACCCAGGGAUGAGAGGGGAUCGGGGCUUCCGUGGGUUCAAAGGAGCUAAAGGGUCUGGGGUUCCCCAGAAGCGCUCAGCCUUCAGUGUAGGGAUCUCACCCAGAAAGUCUUUUCCUCCGUCUGGCUUCCCAAUCCGAUUUGAUAAGAUCUUCUACAACGAUGAGAACCACUUUAACGUCACUUCCAACAGCUUUACAUGUGUCCAUGCAGGGGUCUAUGUGUUCUCCUUCCACAUCACCGUACGUAACCAGCCACUGCGAGCCACGUUGGUGGUAAACGGUUCACGCAAAGUAAGGAUACGGGACUCCCUCUAUGGCCAGGACAUCGACCAGGCGUCCACUCUGGUGGUGAUGCGGUUGGUACCAGGUGAUCAGGUGUGGAUGGAGACUCUCAGAGACUGGAAUGGGGUAUAUGCCAGCAGUGAAGAUGACAGCAUCUUCUCUGGAUUCUUGCUUUACUCAGACAAGGUCUGA